UAUAGGUCCUUCCAGGACGCAUAUCCUGAUGAUUGGCAAGAGAUCCUCGACACAUUCGACGAGACACGGAUAGCUUCAGGCCCGCCUCUGACUGUCGCACAGCGGUCACAAGAAUUCACGAGGUUGACAAAGAAAGUGACAUCCUUGGUAAAUAUGGCCACCGCAAAGCAUGGCUUUGAAGCAGCGCUGCUUAUGUGCGGGAAGGUCGUGAAUCAAGAUGCGUCAAUCGGGUACAUACACACAACCUCUGGUGCAGAAGAGUUUUGGGCUUCCCGUUGUCGUGCUGAUGAGGACACGAUGGUGGGGCAUUUUAAGGCCCAUGUACAGGAGGUUCCCGACAAUCUCGAUUGGAAGACACUGGCCGACCACAUACAAUGUAUCAAAGUCAGCAUGACCUUGAUGUUCAGUAAGCUCGGCGGGAAAUUAAUGGCACAGUCAGGAACUUUCCCAUGGAAACUAUUACCCGCCGAGCUGGCGUGUCACCAUUUUGUGAUGAGAGGGUAUCCUGAAGACAUGUUAAUGCCAGGAGAGCCAUGCAUAACGGUUGCACAACCCAAAUGCAUCAGCGACCUCGAUAAACGUGAACAUGUCGUACUUGCAGAUGCCUUGCGAUCAGGCAGAUUGACCAUCAAAUGA